AUGGCUCCCACUCAGGCUCGCGCUGGCGCCAAGAAGGGUCAGAAGACCAAGGUUACGAACAAGUACACCAUCAACUGCAGCCAGCCUGUGUCAGACAAGAUCUUCGACAUCUCCGGCUUCGAGAAGUUCCUGCACGACCGCAUCAAGGUCGAGGGCCGCACCGGCAACCUCGGCGAGAGCGUCGAGAUCAAGCAGAUCGGCGAUGGCAAGAUUGAGGUCGUCACGCACAUCCCUUUCUCCGGCCGCUACCUGAAGUACCUGACAAAGAAGUACCUCAAGAAGCAGCAGCUGCGCGACUGGCUGCGUGUGGUCAGCACCAGCAAGGGUGUGUAUGAGCUGCGCUUCUUCAACGUCGUCAACGAUGACGCCGAUGAGGAUGACGAAUAA